UUCAUGCUCACACGCCCCCUUCAUUUUCUCAUACUAACCCCCCCAAAUAUAAAAGAGGAGAACUAGCUCAAUUCUACAAAAGAAGAGGGUGGAGGUAAAUUGGGAUCCAAAAAAGAAAAAAAAAAAAAGAAAAAAAAGGAAAAGGAGAGAGAAAAGAUCCGAAACAAUUAAUAAUGGCUCAUAGCGGGGAGUUGUUUCUAGGAGAGGCUGCAGGAGUUGCGGAUCCCUUUGCGUCGAUGAACGGCUUCGCGGGGAAGCGGGGGAGGCGAGGAGAGUCGACGAAAAAGAGGCGGUUCAGCGAGCAGCAGGUGCGGUCGCUGGAGACGACGUUCGAAGUGCAGGCGAAGCUGGAGCCGAAGAAGAAGGCGCAGCUGGCGCUGGAUCUGGGGCUGCAGCCGCGCCAGGUCGCCAUCUGGUUCCAGAACAAGCGCGCCCGCUGGAAGUCCAAGCAGCUCGAGCACGAAUUCGCCGCAUUGCGCGCCGACCACGACGCCCUCUUCGCCGCCGUCGAGGCCCUCCGCAGGGAGAAGCAGAUCCUCCUCAGACAGUUGCAGAAGUUGAAGGAAUUGCUCGAGAAGCAAACAGAGGAGAACGAAAAGGAUGGCGGAUCCAGUAACGGUGGCAAUCGAGCCAUCGCGGCAUCGAGAGAAGGGUCGGCGAACGAAAAUGUAUUGAACUCAGAGCAUGGAGAGAUAAAGCUGAGCUGUGUAGCGCAAGAAGAAGAUGCAGGAUUGUUGUAUAUGGGAGAGCCUGAGGUUAGUGGGUGCCUCACUUCAAUAGGAGAACAACAACAACAACAGUGUGGUUUCAACUGCAGUAGCUCUCCUGAGAAUUGUACUACUACUACUACUACUACUACCUCUGAGUGGUGGGAGUUUUGGCCUCUGACUGAAUUAAACCCUGUAGCUUGAGAAGGGAGAUGAGUUUGAUGUUUGUAAUUAAGGAUGGAGUGUUCUUGCAGAAUAGACCUAGUGGGGCUUUUUUAUUUUUGAGAUGAAUCUUCGCGAAAUUAAAAAAAAAAAAAAAAAAAAAAAGCAAAAA